CCGCGCGCUCGCCGACCCCCGGGGCGGCUGCCGGGAGAGAUGCUGCAAGAAACUUCUUAAAUGACCGCGUCUGGCCGGCCGUGGAGCGCUUCUGGGUUGGGGAGAGGAAAGGAAAGUGGAAAAAAACUGAGAACUUCCUGAUCUCUCUCGCUGUGAGACAUGUCUGAGACUCCUGCUCAGUGUAGCAUUAAGCAGGAACGAAUUUCAUAUACACCCCCGGAGAGCCCGGUGCCAGGUUACGCCUCAUCGACCCCACUUCAUGUUCCAGUGCCCCGAGCACUCAGGAUGGAGGAAGACUCGAUCCGCCUGCCCGCACACCUGCGCUUGCAGCCAAUGUAUUGGAGCAGGGAUGACGUAGCCCAGUGGCUCAAGUGGGCUGAAAAUGAGUUUUCUUUAAGGCCAAUUGACAGCAACACGUUUGAAAUGAAUGGCAAAGCUCUCCUGCUGCUGACCAAAGAGGACUUUCGCUAUAGAUCUCCUCAUUCAGGUGACGUGCUGUAUGAACUUCUUCAGCAUAUUUUGAAGCAGAGGAAACCUCGAAUUCUUUUUUCACCAUUUUUCCACCCCGGAAACUCUAUACACACACAACCGGAAGUCAUACUGCAUCAGAACCAUGAAGAAGAUAGCUGUGUCCAGAGGCCCCCGCGGCCGCCCGUGGAGAGUGUGCACCACAACCCCCCCACCAUUGAACUGUUGCACCGCUCCAGGUCUCCCAUCACCACCAACCACCGGCCUUCUCCCGACCCUGAGCAGCGGCCCCUUCGCUCCCCCCUGGACAACAUGAUCCGCCGCCUCUCCCCGGCCGAGCGGGCCCAGGGCCCGAGGCUCCACCAGGAGAACAACCACCAGGAGCCCUACCCUCUGUCCGUGUCUCCCAUGGAGAACAACCACUGCCCGCCGUCCUCGGAGUCCCACCAGAAGCCCUCCAGCCCGCGGCAGGAGAGCACCCGCGUGAUCCAGCUGAUGCCCAGCCCCAUCAUGCACCCUUUGAUCCUGAACCCCCGGCACUCGGUGGAUUUCAAACAGUCGCGGCUCUCCGAGGACGGGCUGCACCGGGAAGGCAAGCCUAUCAACCUGUCACACCGGGAGGACCUGGCCUACAUGAACCACAUCAUGGUGUCCGUCUCUCCGCCCGAGGAGCACGCCAUGCCCAUUGGGAGAAUAGCAGACUGCAGGCUGCUGUGGGAUUACGUCUAUCAAUUGCUUUCUGACAGCCGGUACGAAAACUUCAUCCGAUGGGAGGACAAAGAAUCCAAAAUAUUCCGGAUAGUGGAUCCCAACGGACUGGCUCGACUGUGGGGGAACCAUAAGAACAGAACAAACAUGACCUAUGAGAAAAUGUCCAGAGCCCUGCGCCACUACUACAAACUAAACAUUAUCAGGAAGGAGCCAGGACAAAGGCUUUUGUUCAGGUUUAUGAAAACCCCAGAUGAAAUCAUGAGUGGCCGAACAGACCGUCUGGAACACCUUGAAUCCCAGGAGCUGGACGAGCAAAUAUACCAAGAAGAUGAAUGCUGAAAAGGAACCAACCCAGCACCUCAAAAGGCCGGCGGAACCCCCGGCCCAGUCCCCAGAUGGCGGAGGCGAGCUGGAGCAGUCGGGCUGAGAGGAGGAAGGGACCCAGACCCGGGAGCCACACUUCUCCUGCUUGCCAGGAGGGACCCCAGAGCACCUUAGACGACCCCCCACUCCGCCCCAACCAAGGCGGGGCUGGAACACUGGCCAGGGCAGAACCUGGGACGCGCAUUUCACGUUUCCUUCUCAUUUGGAAUCUGUCCAUCUGUGACUUCUCACCCUCCCCCUCUCACCUGUUACUUUCAUGGUGUUUUUGUUUCUUAAAGGACAUGCAGUUUGACUUUUUCAUCAUUCAUACCGGGGAAGACAUCGAGGCUGUUUUCCUAUGGAAAUGUAUCUGUUUUAUAUAUAUAUGCAUAUAUAUAUAUAUAUAUAUUUUGCAAAUCUCACCAAGUGCAGCAAGCCCAGCCAGUCAGGAGAGGAAAUGUUUGUGGGAGAGUUCAGGCUCCUCCUUUACCUGCUACAUGGAUCAGUUGGUUCCUUUGCCAGUGGGUUUUGGCUGAAACAAAAAAAAGAAAAAAGAAGAAAAAAAGAUGCUUUUUAAAAAAGAGAGUGACAUGGAGAGCUCUCUGUUCACUCGCUCUCGCUCCUCCUCUGCCUUCCUGCAGCCGCCCUUCUCCCACCUGCUGUUGAGUCCGAGAUGCCUUCAACAGAGACAUCAGUCUCAUGGAGUCUCAGAAACUGCUGACCCCUGUAGGGAAUCUGUGGCCUGGGUGCUCUGUGGCCAGUGCCCCAAAGCCAACCCCACACCCCCAAAACCCUGGAGCUGCCCAGUAGGCUGGGGACCCCGCAGCUUGGUGGUUCCCCAGCACUUAGGAUGGGGGGUUCCUCUGAGGAGGAAGUGACGUGGAAGGCCCAGCUUCUUGGGAUUAGCUAAGUGAAACACAAAGACCAGCCAGGCCUGCGGGCGUCCUAACUGGGUAAAAUGGCGAUUUUUUUAUCCCAAAGCAGCUGAUCGAGGGAGAGGGUGGAGGGGAGCAGGGGUUACCCGCUCCCCCCCAGAGGCCACCUUUGGUCCUUUUCCUGCCCUCGCCUAGUUUCUCUUCCUUUCCUAGCCUCUUCCCGGGUUUCCUGGGCCCUAUGAGGACCUUAGAGGGGAGGGUCUUGCUGUUCACUCUGUUGUUACCUGCGUUUCCCCAGCUGGGCAAACAAAAUGCCUCACAUCCAUUCCUUUCUCCUCCCGUCCUCCUUUCACAGGCCCUUGGUUUCCAAAUGGACCCUUUUCUGGCUUUUUCACAAGGUCAAUCUUGUCAAACGAGGGAAAUGCCACUUCUUCCUACUUGUGAGGAUCACCUGUUUUUAAAGAUCUAGCUUCGACUAUUUUUGCUUUCUCCGGCCAUCUAAAUGGACUCUUUCAACAUAGGUCCAGAAUCCAGUGUGAGGUGGACAGUCCUUUAUAAUCCAAGAGGCUAGACCUACCAACCAGAGCACCUGUCGCUCUGUUCCCUCUGAGUAGUGGGGUGAGCAUCCCAACCCCCCAGACUUGUUCUUCAGCUAUUUGAGUUGAAUCAGGCACUUGGGAUGGGCACACACAGGCUGCAGGACUUCCUACUGAGGAAGACACCAGGCUGGGGGUUGGAUGAGCGGAGUGCCUGGGCUCAAGGGCACUUGGCCUCGAAGCCUCCUCUCCUCAGACCACAAGUGGCACACAUGGUAGCCAGCCACUCUCCCUUCGGCCUGCUGUGAGGUCAGGGCCAGGUGGUCCCCUUUAAGUGGGUUUUACCCCCCUCUGCUUAAAUGAGGAUGCUGCCCAACUGGAUUCCAGGGUGCUACAGUGGCCUCCAGGAAAGUCCAGAGCACCCAGCAAAGUAUUUCCCACCCGCUGAGAUGACUGAUGACUCUUAGCUAGGGAGAAUAAGUCAAAUGCCUGCCUUGUGUGGAAAGGCAUUGGCUCAAGGGCUGGAGAAGAAGGGAAGGUUUUAACAGAGGCCUUUGGUGUCACUCUGGAAUGAGACUCAGCGGGAGGGUGCCCCACUACUAAGGUGAGGACAGCUUCCCCAGAUAGAAGGACUCAGGACUUAGCGUUUAACGAAUCUUACAGUUGAACUUUGAGGAACACCUCUUUUUGCCCCAUGGCUUUGUACAGUUGAAGCAGUUGCUUCUGAGAAUCAUGUGGAAGAGCUGGGUGGUGCUCAUGUCAAUGGUGUUUGUGUUUCUGAUCCAGAACCUCCCAGUAAAGGCUUCCUGCUGAUCUCCUUAGCAGCAGAAGUCAUAUUUAGCUCUCAGAGGAGAAAACCCAGGCAGUGCUCACCCCUGGGGCACGGUAUUCACACACUGCAGAGCCCAAAGAUUUCCUAUUCCAUUCAGCACCCUCGCAUCUGCUGGAUACUAGGAGUAAUUAGAGAAAAGUCAGACACAAUCACUCCCCUCCAACAGACUGGUCUCCUGUCCACACAAUCUGUCUGGCAUGAAAUUGUUCGCUUCAACACUAAGGACGAGGGGUAAUGAAAAUGUUGCCUGAGACCAAGUUCAAAGCGCACCUAUGAGCGGAACGUUGGUCUUUUCCUGCCCCUAGCAUGGAAUUCUGGCUUCAACAUCCAAAAUUGGGACUGGGAGACGCAGGGGAGACAGCACAGGGAGGGGGCAGGAGUUCUCGCCGUUGUCUUGAAAUUCCCUCGCCUCUUUUCCUCCUACCCCGUGGGUUAACCGGGCUGCCCCCUCCCCCGGGAGGAGCAAGCAAUGGCAGCUGACUGGGCUGGCUCUGGGGAAUAAAGCUGUGCCCAAGACAGUCCUAAGCCUCUUGGUUCUUGGCAACUUGGUCUUUUGCCUAAGGCAGAUUUCCUAAUGCUGCAAGUCCUUUGUGGGGUGGGGAGCCUCAGGAAAAGAAAACCAGAUGGAUUUUCUCCUCUGGCAUCCUCAGAUCCAUUGUCUUUUUUAUACUGACAUCUUGUCCAAAUGAGACUGUAGAUUCAGCUGAAAUGUAAAUGGCUCUGACAGGUUCCCUCUCAAUGGCUGAGUUACCACCAUGUCCACCUUUCACUGCCUGGCAUCCAGUUCUGAAUACAUUUUGGAAACAUUAACCUGCUUGUGCAGGACAAAACCUGAGUAUCUGAGAGUUUAAGGUGACUGACAGCAUGUCGGGUGGGGCUCAGUCCUGCCAUCCCUACCGCAAAAGCUGGAGAUAACAUGUCUGGGAAAAUACACCAAGAACAAAGGUCACUUCGGUUGUCCAAGCAUUUUGGUGCUAGUUCUCCCCCCCAACCCCCCCACGGCCACUCUUGGGAGCAAAAUCCUGAAAUGGAAGGAGGGAGAAAGGAAGCCAGUGGGGUAGAGACAGGGGCACUGAUCCCUGCCUGUCCAAAACCACAGAAGACUAAUCUGAUUCUCUUCUGGCCCCGUCUGCAUCAACACUAAACAACAAACUCCCUGAGUCUUUCACACACGCCAAGUGAACAUUCUUGAUUUCUCUUUGUCAAACACCUGCAAACCAGAACGAAUCUAGAAUUCUUUUUUUUUUUUUUGGUUUAAUUUCUAAUCUGUUGUUUAUGAGUUGUGGGGUUUAUAAGGGACUGAAUCAAAUGAAUGUAACAAAAAAAAAGAAAAAAAACAAAAAAAAAUGCCUUUUCUCAGGGCCAGUGAGUUGCAAAUAAUUUU